CGACAACAGACUACACCCACUCCCUCUCAGAAGUUGUGUUUCAUUGGGAGCUAAGCUGGGGUCAGACCUACAGUCUAUGGGUCAGACAUGAGUCAGUUCCUGGGACGUCAGGACUGUAUCGAGAGCCUCCGGGGAGACCUGGUGGAUCUUCAGGGAGCCAUCUUGGACGUGUUCUCCAGGACCGGCCCGCUGCGCGUCCCCUCCUGGAAGUUCCCCGACAAAGUCUCCUGUAACCUGGACAUGGUGGCUCUGCUGGGCCAGUAUGACUUUAUGGAGGGGGAGAGCGAAUUCAACCAGCACUCCCAUAUUGUCUUACUGGAGCUUGUGAUUGACAGAUUACUGCUUCUUCUACAAAGCUCCAGUUCUUAUGUUGAGCAGCUGAGGUGCAGCCCCAGGAGAGAACAAACCCAGCAGAAAGGAGGCCUGUCAGUUGGUCUCGUGGUCAGAAACUACUGGAGUAAUUUAGUUGAUUUUGCCAGCCUCACGGGCAGCAAGAAACAGCCAAAACCAAAGACAUUGGACUGUGAUGAGACAGAGACUUUGUCGUGUGCUUCCCCCCAGGUGAGCUCAAGGAGUGACACCUGCCGCCAUUGCUCAUCUACCUGGUCUUCAUCCAGCUCCUUCAAGUUUUUCCCGCAGAACCAUGCACCCUCUAGUCCUUCCCACAACUCCCCAUGCUGUCCUAAAACGGAGAGUCGCAGUGUGGGCUGUCAGACAGUGGAAUCUUCUCUCUCUCCCUGCGACGCCUGUCAUCAGGUGCAGUCCACCUUGAGAAAGACAGGAUAUGCUUUGGUGGAACUGUUUCAGAGUGAGGGCCUUCCGUCCUCUCUGCAGCCACUGUUGGCUGCUGUGGAGGACACCCUGCAGCUUGGACACAUGACAACAGGGGAUGUUGCCCAAUGGGCCAAUGAGCAACUCAGGGACCUGCGCCGGCUGGAGAAACAUAUGCAAGAUGUGCGGGCUACAGUCCACCCUCUUAGGGAUAGAUUAGCAGCAACAGAGACAGAGCGGGAUAAAUUCCGAACUCAGUUGGAAAGAGCACGGAAAGACUUCAAGCAGGAGACAGAGAAACGCCAGGCAACCAUUGUCCAGCUGGAGUUUUCACUUAGCAAAGCACAGAGGUCCAUGAAGGAAACAGAGACAACGUUUCAAGAGGAGAAACAACAACUCAGGAGAGGUGCAGUAAUCUCACACAUGAAUAUGAUGAGAACACAAAGAGAUCACAGUCAGCACUCAUACUUUUAUUUUCUGUUUUUUGCAACAGAAACUUUGUCGCAGGAAGAUGCAUUGCAAGCACUUGAAUGUGAGAAGAUUGCACUGCAGGAAAAAGUGAAGUCCUUGGACUUGGAGGAAGAGGCCUGUUGUAAACUACAAAACAGGAUCCAGCAACUAGAGAGUGACAUCUCUGAAACUCAAGUUCUUCUUGAAAAGGAGAAAGCCAAGUACCACAGCGCUUGUCGCCAGCAAGAGUCAAUGCAGGUGAAGCAGAAGUCUUUGUUGGAGAGAGUGGAUGACCUCGAUGAAGAGUGUGAAGAGCUGCAGAGGCAGUUGGCAGAUGAAGAGGAGAGACAGAAUCACCUACACAAUGAGCUGCAACAGAUGUCAGAGGAGAAGAUGCAACUGCAGGCUCAGCUAACACAACAGCAGGUCUUGGGUUUUGACCUUCAAAAGGAGAAGGAGAAGGUGGAAACAAACAUGGCCGAACUAGAGAAGAGUGUGGUUGAGCUGAAGGAACAUGUGCAAGUUCUAUUGGAGAGGGAGAAGCUGUUGGUGGCUUUUCCAGAGCUCAGCGCACAAGUGCAGGCCCAACCACAGAGUACAGGAAAUGUGCUUCUGGACAUGGAGAAACAAAUGCAGGCUAAUUGUGUUCGCAUAAAAGUUCUGGAGCAGGAAAAUGCUACCCUACACAGCAGCCUGGACAAACUGAGGGAGAGAGCUCAUUUUGUUUCGAGGGCACAGCAGUGCAGCACGGCUGGGACGCAGUAACAGGGGGAGGGAACCAAAUAUACAUGUUUGGUUCCCUCCACCUAUGUAUGGAAGGUAGAUAAUGUCAACUUAAUUUGGCUUCUUCUUUCUCUUCUUUUUUAUAAGAAUCAGACCAAUACACAAGAUGAUGUCAAAUUUUUAGGAUAUGAUUGUGUUGCAACUUAUCACCUAACAAACACUAUUUGGUUGGUCACGCAUUAUAUUGUUCUAUAUUGUGAUUGAUGUGUCAACAUGUUAAUAAACAUCCCAUGAGGUCAGAUAUUAGAGAAUAGGCCUCACUCAUAUGAUACAUCAGAUCAAAUUCAAAAUGCAAUCUCUGAAUUUAAUGUAUUUGCUAAAUACAAAUAAAAAUA